GCAAAAUUAAAACCCAAAACAUUUGUACCACGGCGGUGCUACCAUUUACAAGUCUAACGUUGUACACUUCGCUUACAAAACGUCUCGUCUAACUCUAGCUCAGCUUAGCACUGCUUCUCAUCGAUCCCCCCGUUUUUAAGUCGUCAAGUUAAUAAGGCCGUUCUUUCACUUAAGUGAGUGAGUGCAGCAGCAGCAGCAGAUCAACUCUGUGUUUCGUUUUUUUUUUGUUUCUUUGUAUUAUCUCGUCUCGUUUCGUUCUGAUUUUGCCUUGAUUUUGGAAAACUCUCAAGCGCGUUAACGGUUCGUGAAAUUGGCUUAACAGCAAACUUGAACUUUCUUCGGGCGCUCCACCAUCACUAUCAGCGGCUAGUCGAGUCGCAGUUGUAGAAUCUCGUUUAAAACGCAAAGUUGUCUCUAAACGAAGGCCACUAAGAAGAGCCACAGAGUGUUGUGACUAGUGAGAAGGCUAAAACAAGAAAAUUGGUUUAUUAACUAGUGCUUCAGUUAAACAACUUAAAACGACCACAAUACCCCAACCAGGCAACCAACCAGCAACGCCAAGAACAACAAAGUCGAAAACGAACGAAAAAACAGUUAGCUGACAUUCAUAACCUAAAGAACAGAAUUACAAAUUGAAACAAGUCUAAGAAAGCAAAAAAGAAAAAAUCAAAAAAAUUGAAAUCUUAAAAAAAAAUAUUUUAAACAAAAAAAUUUGAACAAAAAUUUUAUGUAAAAAAAAAAUAAUUCUAAAACAAAACCAAAAAAAGUUUUGGAAAAAAUUCCGAAAAAUUGAAAACCUUGCAAAAAUUUGUGCACUUUCAAGAAAUAAACAAAAAAAAAUUCUGUGAUUCAAAAUGGGUUAUGAACACCUCCUGCGAUCAUUUCUACUCUUUGUAAUGGUAACCUCAUCUAUCGCCUAUGGGGAUAAUUAUCCCGGAGUCAUUGAAUUGGUGGGCUAUGGUAAUCGCAGGGCCCGCACCUACUAUCAGCCAAACGAGGAACGUUCCUCUUCCUCAUUGGUGGCUGGCGAUUCAAAAACUCAAGCGGAUAUUGAGACAGUCAAACAAAAUAUUGAAAAAUACAACAAACUCUUGACCUUGGAUACCAAGAAUUUGCCCGAGUCGCAAAAGGAUAUGCUCGAAAGGAUUGUGGAAAGAGUGGCAAGGCUUAAGGAAACCCUCGAUAUCAAUGAGAAGCUGCAGGCCAAUGCCAGCAGAAGUCAAACUACUGACAAAACCUUAACUACCAGCAAUGAGGAGGAAAAUUCUACACAAAUACCCACCGAUAUCACGGAUGCCUUUAGCCCCCUGGAUCAGCAGCAAGAGCAGGAGGAGGAGGAGGAAUAUAACACCGAACCCACUCUGGUAUUGGAUGAGACCACUUUAUUGCAAUUGCAAAAUUCCAUGGAUAAAUUGGCAGCGGCCCAGGCAGCAGUGACCACCUCACAAACUUCGGCCCAAUUGCAAGACUUUCCCACCACCACAGAAAUGAAUUUGGAAACCGAGGUGGAUGAAGAAGCAAAAGCCGAGACGGCUACCAGUUUGCCUCUAGAAACAGACGAAUAUGAUAUAACCACCUUGGAACCCUCCACAGAUACCACGGAUCCCCAAGAAGAGUUUGUAGCAGCUCGUUCCAAUAAUGUGGGCAUUACCGCAGCAGUUGAUGAUACAGAAACCAUGGCCACACUCAGCACCACCAUUGGUAGUCAAAGAACUUUGACCACCAGCAGCAAGAUAUCCAAAACUCGAGCCACCAAAAGGCCUAGCCACACUUCGACCAAAGGUCAGGGCAGCAAACGUAGGCCUUCCACCUCAGCUGCCAACUCGCACACAAAAACCACCACCGCCAACAAACACAAAACUUCUCAUGCUCCCUCGUCGGCUGUAACACAACCCUCCUCCUCAUCCUCGGCAGCUGGCUAUACGAAAAUCUCUCAAAAACCCUUGGCCCAGUCACCAGUCAUGCCACAGGCUGCCUAUCAAUCGACACCUGUAAAAUCCGCCUCACCCGCCAUGGAUAAGUAUGCCUCAUCGAGUACUCCAGUGGCGGCUCCCUCCUCCACAUCUUAUGCCAGCAUUAAUCCGGUUAACAAUAUGGCCUCUUUGUCUGCAUCCACUUCAUUGCCAUCGGCCAACAGCUAUGGAUCCUCCUUGGCCAAUAAUAAUAAUCAGGACAUAGCCUAUGAUGCUCAUGUCAAUACAUCAGCCAUCAUCGAUAGUUUGAAUAACAAUGGCCGCGAGGAAUUCUAUCAACAGCAACAGCAGACGCAGCAGCUACAGAAACAAGGACUACAGAGUGGCAUUGUAACAAAAGAUAAGAAGCCAAUAAGUGGUGCAAAACCUACAAAAUAUCACUACUAUCCACACAAUCAACACAUUUACUUGCUGCCCGAAUGUGCCAUUCAACAGGUCUGCAAUGCGGUCUAUGUGCGUCUGAAUUACACCCAACCGCUGUGUGCGUGUCCAUCAAGAUAUCGGGAUCCCUGUUCGGCUAGUUUGAAUGAAGAUGAUCAACAUACAACAAAACUGGUAGGAGAUGGCAAGAAAAAGGCUAUAACUUUGGCCAAAACCUGUGAGGCUACCACAGAAAUGCGCGAGUGUCGUUCACCCAAAGACUGGUCGCUGUUGGCGUUGCAGAACACACGUACUGGCAAAUCGCAUUAUUUGGUCAUAUGCAGAUGUCCGGAUCAUUUUAAAAUGGAGGGUCCCAUGGCUCAUGAUCAACCUACGUAUGCCAGUGUACCCGGCAUUCGGGUCUUUGGCAUGAUGUGUGUAAAACCAGGAUAUUCGGUACGCAAGCCCUCGGCACAACCACCAAAACGUUAUCAACUUCAAAAACCCUUCUACAGACCGGGAUCACAGACUUCCUAUGGUCAACAAUCGAAUAGUAAUGUAGGGGGAGGUUCUUCGUCUCAACAGUAUGGAGGCUCUUCAGCUCAACAGUAUGGAGGUUCUUCCUCUCAACAGUAUGGAGGUUCUAAAGACACCUAUGGUAGACCUUCAUAUGGAGGCAUAUCUUCUUCGUCGUCGUCGUCCUCCUCCUCCUCGUCGGGAUCGCAAUCCUCACUGGCCGGCUUCAAUUCGGCUACAAGCAGCAAUUAUCAUGGAUCUGAUUCCUUUGGAUCACAGGCCAACUAUCAGUACUUAAAUCGUCCCGAAAGUAUAGGCAGCUCUAGUUUUAGCAGCAGUAACAAACAAAACUAUAGACCCGAACCGGUAUCCAUAAAUAAUUUCCCCGGCGGCAGUUAUGGACGCAACAAUGAAAGAGAAGGCGCCGAUAACAUAGAAGCAGCCACGGAAAUCGAUAAUAAAUUGCUAAUCAAUACCUCAACACAAACCAGUGAGGAGGUGGCCAGAACCACAUUGAGUGAGGAUACCACUAAAGUGGCCGAGGAGCUGAAACGUGAGAAACGUUCCUUAGCUGAGAACACAAUUGAGGGAGAAAGCGAUGAUAUGCCGGAAUUCCCUUGGGAUCGUGUCUUGGAGUUCGAGCGAACCUUGGUGUGGGACUAAGUAAGGGGCAACACUAGACAUACUAUGUACUAGAUAGACACAGGGGUGUAGGUAGUAAUAAAAUAGAUUUUCCUUUCCAACUACUGUAAGAGGCAACAAAAUUAAGAUAUUAUUUUUUUUUUUAAAUUUAUAUAUAUACUCGUAUAAUUUUUGCAAAAUUUGAUAUGUAAUUGAAUUCAAAAUACAGCGACUGAAAACGAAAGAGAACAGGACAAGACAAGACAAUAAAUGAUAUUAAUUUUUCUUU